GUUUCAGUGAGUGCUUAAGACAAAACUAACAACUUCUUUUUGACAAGUAGGUGCUGUAUUACCACAGGAUUGACUCCAUCUGUCUGUUGCAAUGGAAUAUAGUCACCAUCUCAUGCUCUUCAUGACAUUUCUGAUCUCCAGCACAGCAUCCAGAAACUAUGUGUUUGUACAGACAGGGGACUCCUUUACAUUGGACAUUAAAAAUAAAACACUGCCACCUUUUAGAAGAUUUGUGUGGAUAAAUGAUAAAUCAGAAAAUGUAGUCAGAUUUUUAAAUGAAUCAGGUUUAAAACCUCACAGUUUAUAUAAGGACAGAGUGGAUCUUAAUAAUAAAACCUUCUCUCUAACAAUGAAGAACGUGCAGAAGAGAGACAGCGGACUCUACACAGCAAAAGCAACUGGACAACAAGAAACUACUGUUGCUGAAUACAACGUAUCAGUUAUAGAUCCAGUGGAUUCUCCUGUUCUGAACUGGAACGCCACUAUGAUCAGUGUUAACUCCUGUAUUGUGGAUGUCACAUGUAGUGGUCACGUCCUCAUACUCAGCACCAGCUACCAGAUCAACAACUGCAGUCAAGUGGAAGUGACAUCUUCUGAAAUGAAGACUCUGACUCUGCAUUGUAUAGAGAACAUAGUUGUUUGUAACUAUAGUAACCCAGUCAGCUGGAAGAAUGACACCAUAGAGAUUAACCCCAUUUGUACACCUCAUGAGCACACCUCAACACAGAAUCCCAAAGAAAGCCACAGUUCUUUUCCUCUUCAUUGGCUGUUGAUCAUCGCUGUUGUUCCACUGUUGGUUUUUGCAGCAGUUUCUGUAAUAUGCUGCUCUAACAAGAAGCGUAAAAAAGGUGCCCAAGAAGAGGAUAAUCAUACAAUAUAUGCACAAGUUCAGUCAAAGAAUAAAGUACAAAGACCCUUGGAGAUGUUGGGGAAAUCAGCGAAUUCUCAAACUGUCUAUGGGUUUACAGAAGAGCACAAACAAACUCAAAAUACCAGUCAGGCGCAAACAGAAAAUCAGCCCAGCACCACCUACAGUACAAUAGGACGACGCCAAAAAACAUCAUUUCCCACUGAAACACACCAUACAAUUUACUCAACAGUGUGUAAAUCCUCACAUGGGAGACAACCUGGUCAUUCAUAGCUGAGGAGGAAUAUAUGUAAAAAUGUUACUGCAAACAGUAGAUGCUGCCUUUGUCAAGAUAUACUUUGUCAAGUAUGGCCGCCACACCAGAGCCUCCAGCCGUCAAGCCCGCCACACCAGAGCCUCCAGCCGUCAAGCCCGCCACACCAGAGCCUCCAGCCGUCAAGCCCGCCACACCAGAGCCUGAACACGACAGAGUCGUGUGUGUAUGGGUGGUGGGGACUUAUGUACCAAGUUCCAGCGGAUGUGGAGCUUGGCCCUACAUUGCUCCACAGCCCAGGACCGUCAGUGCUCCUGAGUCCAGGACAUGAUCCAGGUCAUUGGUCUGUUAUAUAGCCCUACUGUUACCAUUGUCUCUUGUAUAGAUUUGUAUAGUUUGUUUUAUGGUCAAGUCAAGUCUCUGUUUAUCUUGUAUUUGUUCAUGUUUUUCCAUUUAAAUAAACAGCACAUGGGUUCACUUCAA